AAGCCUCGCCUGUCUCAUCUCACGGUGGACGCAGGUGGCGGAAGUGAGCCCUACGGUUUGAGGAGUCGCUCUUCACCGGUCUUCGAUUCGAUUCGGAUCCUUCGCCGCAUUGGUUGAGCCCUCAUCUCCGAGAUCAGAUCGAGCGCUAUUUCUUAGCCGGAGAAGAAUCCCUUUCUCUUUCUACAUCGAUGGCAGAGAAAGGGGGAAAUGGGUCUCCUUUCCCGAGAGGGAAGGCUGCUGCGCCUUUGAAGCAAGGAUCACUCAAAGGAAAUAACAGUGGUGCUAUGGACGAGUCUACACAUAUUGAAAUUGACUCCUCGGACUCUGAGCUUGAAGGUUUUGUUGAAGAAAAAGUUCCAACUUCUUUAAAUGCAAAUGAAAAAUCAUCAGCUGAACAGAAAUCCGGUAAGAAGAAAGUCUCCUUUGGAAGUCUAAAAUCAAGUGGGAAGACAUCGUUUGAUAUACCAACUGCUAAAGGAGACUUGGGAAAAGGAGGAAAAGGUUUUAGUGUAGGAAAGGCUGGUGGAAAGGGUAGUAUACCAGAAGCAACACCAAUAAAGCCCCUGGUUACAGAAGUGGAAUUGAAACUUGAACUAGAACUUCCGAAGGGGGCUAGAUUGUUGAUGGAUUGCGAAGCAGCAGAAGUUUUACAAGAAAUCCAGGGACACAUGACUGUUUUAUCAGAUGAUCCAAAGAUAAAAAUGCCUGAGUCAUUUAGCAAAGCUUUGCAGUAUGCCAAAAUCAAUGCUCACUACACGAAUGUUCAGUCCGUGAGACAAGUUUUAGAGUAUCCUUUGGUUGAACUUGCUUUAAAUGGGGUUACUGAUGGCGAGAUAUGCAUGAUUGGAAAUGUUGAUCCUGAGACCCUUGAUGAAGUUUAUGCUCUAAUACCUUCCUUAAAGACAAAUAAGCAUAAGAAUGAAGGAGCUAUUGCAGAUGUACUUGCGAGUCUGGCAAACUUCAGAACUUCAAAGUAACUCUCACUACGAGUUGCAAGUAAAUAUUAGAUUAGGUUUCUUCGGCACUGGAUAUCAGUAUUUUGUAUGAAGCUAUUUGUGGUUCUCUGCGACUGAAGUACUAAUCAGGUUAGCUGCUAGCAGAAUCCCUUAAGGGUAGCAACCGAAGCCAUCGCCUUAAUUCUAUCUUGAAACUCACGAGACGCAUAUAAGCAACUGGAUCUGUAAUCUGAUGUAAGGUGAAAUGGUAACAUACUGUUUGCACGUGCACCACAUCAAUUCUGGAUUUCUAUUGAAAACUGUUGUUCAAAUUCAGUGAUGUUGCAGUCCUGGAAACUGCAUGUGACUAUACAUUGUAGGCUUGUUCCCAAUUGUUACUGAUUUUAUACAUCAGUUUAACUAAUUUGAUUGUUUGUGC